AUGGAGAACCCGUUGCACUCCUUGGCAUCGCUGGCCGAUGUGCAGGCACUUAUUAUCGCCCAAGAUGAGGAGGAGCAGGCUCAGCAGCGCCGGAAGUCGCUGUCCAAGCCGCCGCGCCACUCCAGCGUGCCAAUGUACGCUCAAAUCCUACUGCAGCUGUGGCAGAACGAGUUGCAGCGCAACGACGUGGACCUCACGAGCGAUUUUUUCUACGACCUCAACGGCACGGAGGAGGAUGGCGUGCAACUCGUGGGGCGCAUGCAAGCGCUCGGGUUUAACGUCACCGUGCCACAGUUCCUGGCCAUGCACCGAUGCUCCAUCUACUCGGUGCUUUUGGUGGCGCUGUGA